AUGCCGGGCAAGAUUCGAACUGCACAGUCUGUCUCCCUUGACAUCCCAGCUGCAGACCAGCCUAGUUUGCAUAAUCGGUGGCAUCCCGAUAUCCCUACAAUCGGAACCGUUGAACCUGGAGAAACUGUAAAAAUCGAAUGCGUCGACUGGACUGGUGGCCAAAUCGGCAACAACGAUAGUGCUGAAGAUGUACGCACUGUAGAUUUAACCAAAAUCCACUACCUAACUGGUCCUUUCGAAAUCAAAGGUGCCGAACCGGGCGAUCUCUUGGUUGUAAACAUUACAGAUGUCCAACCUUUUGAGGACUCACCAUGGGGAUUCACUGGAAUCUUUGACCGGAAGAAUGGCGGUGGCUUUCUCGACGAGCACUACCCAAAGGCUGCCAAGGCCAUUUGGGACUUUGAUGGCAUAUACUGCACCAGUCGACACAUUCCUGGGGUGCGAUUUGCCGGCUUGAUUCACCCCGGAAUUCUGGGAUGUGCUCCGUCAGCAGAAGUCCUGGCCGAGUGGAAUCGCCGAGAGGGCGAUCUUAUCUCGGCUUGCGUUCACAGUCAUCCUGAGAAAGUGGUCGCACAGCCGCCGUUGGAAGUGAAUGCGCAUGCUGGACAAGCUUCUGGAGAUUUGAAGGCGAAGAUUGCCCGCGAGGGAGCGAGAACUAUCCCUGGACGGCCAGAGCAUGGAGGAAACGUCGAUAUCAACAACAUUUCGAGAGGAUCAACAACCUAUCUGCCUGUACACGUUGCCGGCGCAAAGUUCUCAGUCGGCGAUCUCCAUUUCAGCCAAGGCGACGGUGAAAUCAGCUUCUGCGGCGCCAUUGAGAUAGCAGGAACCAUCACCAUCAAGUUCGAUCUCAUCAAGAAUGGCGUCCAGUCCCGAGCCAUCAAGAGCCCUGUUUUCCGGCCGGGCGACGUAGCUCCCAAUUUCAGCCCCGGGCGAUAUCUAACAUUUGAGGGCUUCUCUGUUGAUGAGAAUGGCAAGCAGCAUUUUUUGGAUGCAACUGUGGCCUAUAGGCAAGCGUGCCUUCGCGCGAUUGAGUAUCUGAAGCAAUUUGGAUACUCGGGAGAACAAAUCUAUCUUCUCUUGUCGUGCGCCCCGAUCAAGGGUUCGAUUGCCGGUAUUGUAGACGUGCCAAAUGUCUGCACAACGCUGGGGAUCCCUAUGGACAUAUUUGACUUUGACAUCUCUAUUGAGGCCGUGCCGCAGAAGAGAGAUCUCGGGUCUUGUCCAAUUUCGAGCGUGUAA